ACCAGAGCAACACCUCCUAGGCCAGCAAGAGCCAGCAACAUCCCCAUUCUUCUUUUCAGACCUUGCUUCCCUGCCUAAAGGCAGGAUCAGAUUUCUAGGGAAAGGCUUUCCAAUCCACGAGUUUUAAGACCUAGAAUAGUCUCAAGGAUCUGCCAUGGACUCGAAGCAGAAGUCAGAGAAAAUACAAGGACACUAUUUUCCCCCUUGAAAUAAUUUGAAGUAUGGUUGGGCUUUCAGAAGGCUUCUCCCAGUCCAGGUUUUUAAGUGCCUGGAGCAGAGAGGAGCACACACAAGUAACCAUCCUAUCCUGACAUUUCAGGAGAAAUGGUUGAACCUGUGGGUAACCAUUAUGUUAUAGCCAGACCUGUGUACUCGGAGAAUGCAUUCAAUGAAGAGCAUGAGAAAUUGCACAGAUACCAUAAAACCUUUUGGGAUCACCUGAAACUCUAUUUUAGCUGCUCCCCACAAAGGGCCAAAAAAAUUGCUUUGGGUUUGUUUCCAGUUGUUUCCUGGCUGCCAGCGUACCGCUUCAGGGAGUGGGUCCUGAGUGACAUCAUCUCUGGCAUCAACACAGGGCUCGUGGCUGUGCUGCAAGGUCUGGCCUUUGCUUUGCUGGUGAAUGUCCCCCCCAGUUAUGGACUCUAUGCAGCAUUCUUCCCUGUCCUGGUCUAUUUUAUCUUUGGCACAUCGAGACAUAUCUCAGUGGGUCCCUUCCCUGUCCUGAGCCUCAUGGUGGGAGGAGUCGUCACCAGGCUGGCCCCUGAUGACAGCUCUGGAAAUGGCAAUUCCACAAAUACCUCAGCAAUAAACGAUGAGAGGGUGAUGGUGGCUGCAUCUGUAACCUUCCUUUCUGGGGUUGUUCAGUUGCUUCUGGGAAUUUUCCAAUUUGGAUUCAUCGUUAUUUAUCUAUCACAAUCAUUAAUUAGUGGUUUCACAACUGCUGCAGCUAUCCACGUUUUGGUAUCUCAACUGAAAUUCAUGUUUCAGCUACCUGUCCCUGGAUUUAAUAAACCAUUUGGCAUCAUCUAUACUCUAGAGAGCAUUUUCAGCCAGAUCACAAAAACAAACGUUGCUGACCUCGUCACAUCACUGGUUGUCUUGCUUAUCGUGUUCGUGGUGAAAGAAAUGAACGAUCGAUACAAAGAAAAGUUACCGGCUCCCAUCCCGAUCGAGCUCCUUGUGACAAUCUUAGCAGCAUUGAUUUCCUAUUUUGUCAACCUUGAAGAAAAAUUUGAAGUAGCUGUUGUUGGAAAACUAGAGGAAGGGUUCCACGCGCCGGUUGCACCUGAUGUAGACAUCCUCCAGAAGUGUAUUGGUGAUGGCAUUUCCAUCGCAAUUGUUGGGUUUGCAGUAGCCUUCUCCGUGGCUAAAGUGUAUUCCAUCAAGCAUGACUACCCAAUAGAUGGCAACCAGGAACUAAUUGCUUUUGGGCUGGGUAAUAUACUUGGUGGAUCAUUCAAGGGAUUUGCCUCCAGCACUGCUCUGUCAAGAUCAGGUGUGCAGGAGAGCACAGGAGGCAAAACACAGAUUGCUGGCAUUAUCUCAUCUGUCAUUGUUUUGGUUGUGAUCUUGGCCGUUGGUUUUCUCCUGGCACCAUUACAGAAGUCAGUCCUUGCAUCUUUGGCUCUUGGCAAUUUGAAAGGAAUGCUCAUGCAGUUCAAGGAAAUAGGCAUCCUCUGGAGAAAGGACAAGUGUGACUGCAUUAUAUGGGUGGUGACUUUCUUAGCUGCCAUCUUUCUUGGCCUGGACAUUGGGCUAGCAACAGCUGUGGCAUUCCAGCUGCUGACCGUGGUGAUCCGCUCCCAGAUUCCAAGCUGCACUGUUUUGGCCAAUGUUGGGAGAAGUAACAUUUACAGAAACAGGAAGGAUUACACUGAUAUCUAUGAGCCAGAGGGAGUGAAGAUUUUCAGAUGCUCCUCUCCGAUAUUCUUUGCUAAUAUUGAAUUCUUCAGAGAGAAACUCAUCACUGCUGUUGGCUUCAACCCACUGAGAGUCCUGAGGAAACGCAAUAAAGCUCUGAGGAAGAUUAGGAAGAUGCUGAAGAAAGGACAGCUGCAAGUGACACCGAAGGGCUUGAUUUGCAUGGCUAACCCUGCAUAUGAGUCAGAGGAAGAGUUGGACAACAACAAGAUAGAGGAGCUGGACCAGCCCACCACCAUGGCAGACUUGCCCAUUCGGAUCAACUGGGGCACUGACCUCCCCCCUGGCAUCACUGUGCCCCAGGUCAACCUCCACAGCAUCAUUCUGGAUUUCUCAUCCGUGUCCUUCCUUGAUUUUUCUGCCAUGACAGUCCUCCGAAAGACUCUGAAAGAAUUUGUCCGGCUCGACAUUGACGUUUACAUCACUGGGGCAUACGAGGGCCUCCUGGACAAACUGGAGAGAAGUGCAUUUUUUGAUGAAGAGAUUAAGCCAUCCAUGUUUUUCCUCACCAUUCAUGAUGCGGUUUUACACAUUUUGCUGAAGAAGGACAUAGCCAACUCUCCCAAAUUAAAGCUUGCUGAGGAGAAGGGCAGAAGCAGUGAGUGUGUCAUCAUCCCCAGGAAUGGACUGCGCAGCCGGGAGUGCACAAUUCCAAUAGAAACAAAAUUUUAGACUUAAUUUCCUAAGUAUAACAUCCUCCAGCAACACAAUGUCACAGAAGAAUGUGGAUGCUGUGAUGAGCAUGAAGACAGAAGGAUACUUUCAAAUACCUUAAGAAGAAUUUACUACAUGUAGUUAUGUUCCAGGUUUUGAAAUGGGCUUGUUAGUCUUUAUGUGUCUCUGUAUAUAUAAAUGUAUUUAUGUAUAUAUAGAGAGGUUAAAAUCACACAGAUUUUCUUAUUUCAUACCACAGUUUGUAGACAAUCUGUACAGUUACUUGAGAAUCUAUAAAUAUUUGAAAUCUUAUAUUGGAUACCACAGAAUAAUAGUUAAGACUGAUAUUUUAUCUUCAGCAUGUAUAUAACUUGAAUAAAGUUUCUUGAUGGUUUGUAAGAUAUUUAGUAGACUGAGUUAAACUUGCUCUCAGCUUACUACCCAAGCAUAAGCACAGUGUACAUAGUGACUAAUGUAUCUAAUUAUGAAGAUUGUUCAGGAAAGACACAGGAUUUUCAGAUCAAAACAUGAUGAAUUGGUUUAUAUUGGGCUUGUGUGAAGUGCACAUUUAUAGUGAACCAUUGUAUAUACAUAUGGAGUGAACCACCAUGGUUUCAGUGAGUCUAUGGCUGCAUUUGUCCAUGCACCAUCAGGGCAGCUCAGAGUCAGUGAGAGCAGCCUGUGACAGACUGGCCCCAGAGCCUGCCUGGAGGAGCUGUGGGUGUGGAGCUGCCAGGGGAGCAGGCUGAAUUGCCUGGAUCUAUGGACAGAUGAGCACAGGGCUUCAGCUCAAAGGAUCUACUCUGAUACUCUGCACAACUGCUGUCAAUUAACCCCUGUUGGAAGCCUAAGGCUUGAAGAUGAGCUACAUCACAACUUCCAGAGAAGAGCACCCAAUGCCCGCAGUGACAGAACUUCUAAUUUCUCAUAGCAAGUGCUAGAGGUAUAAAAAUCUUCAGCCUAAAGGAAAAUUGAACAAUUCCUGAAGUCUGAAAGAAACAGCACUCUGAAAUCACAGGACUUUUUGGUUUUCAAAGCCUGGUUUUGACUUUCAGUCAAGCUGGAGUGGCCAGAAAUGUGCAUUUGGACUUGAAGAACAGCUGAAGGUAAGGAGAAAGUGUUCUGUACUACAGUUUUUGUCUUCAGAGUAUGCAGGUGUUAAAAACAAAAUCUGUAAAAUAUUUUCAUCCUUUUUAUAUUAUUUUUUAAAAUCUGGAGUUAUCUGAUGAGAACCAAGCUCGGAGUCAGUAUUAAAAUUGAGGAGAUUUUGAAUAUAGAAAGAAUUAGAAGAGCUUGAAGACAGAAGUAGACAAAUUCAGCUUUCAGGAAACACUCACGCGUUUGCAGAUGAAUAACAAGCUGUGUUUCUGUGGUGGGUGAUCACUGCCUGACGUGGUGUGGGAGAUGUGGCCCUUGGUGGCAUCACCCCCAAGAGAUGCUGCUCCCUGCAGACACCAGAGGGAUGGUGAGAGCUGCUCAUACCAACCACUGUUCUUCUGAGUGUGCCACGGCAGAUUCACUGCCAAGUGCGUGUCGUGGGGCAGAUCAUCAGCACAGCAGUACCUGCAGACAGGUACAAUUAGCACACUGCCAAAGUGCCCUUCCAAUGCAGUCUUCCA